GGUGGAGCCGUACUGCGCAUGACUCGGCUGGUCUCGCGGUAUGAGCGGAAUGACAGGCUGGGCUGUACGAUCAGCUGGACGCCGGGGAGUUGUGUGUGCUCCGGUCUGCUGAGUCCUGGAGACCGGCUCCGUCCCCCUGUCCUCCGUUCUUGUGUCCUCCCUGGGAGCAGACAGCUUCAACAUGAGCAGCAACUGUAAUUCUGUAGCUCGGGAAUUUUUGUCUGAUGUCAACAAACUAUGCAGUGAAGGAGGAGAAAGCAAGGAUGAUGAAGAGGAAGAAAGCCACAUGGCAGUUCUUGGAGAAUAUCUGUUGUAUGGACGUGGACUUGUACUCCUUACAAUGCUCAAUGACAGUGUUGAUCAGGAUCUCACAUGUCGCGAGGAGCUUAUUACUCUUAUUGUAUCCCUUUUACCUCUGGUUUGGAAGAUUCCACUGCAAGAAAAAGCAAGAGAGGUUAUUUUACCUUCACUUGAAGCAGAACCUUUUGCUACCAAAGAGAGCUGUUCAACCCUGCAAAAGCCUCAGAGGAAAGUAGAUUCUGAAGGGAUUUCCUCCUCGUCAGACUUCUCAAAUCUGUUAAAUGUUAACUCACGACACCAUAAAUCAAGACGCCAGUCCAAAAACACACAGUGUCACACAUCAAAGGAUGAAAAAAAGUCACUGUCUACAUCAGAUUCUGAAGAAGUCCUGGAUGAAAAGUCGUUCUCUGCAACUAAACAAAGACAUGCACAACAUACCCCUACAGCUCAAUCUAGGGAACCAACUGUAUCUGAUAAAGGUUUCCCCCAACAGAAUUUGGAAUGUAAACCAGACACUAGCUUCCCAAAUGGUAAUCUUCUAGAAAGACCCAUUUCUCUGUCGGAUAAAAACACCUCCCCGUUUGAUCUUUGUCUAAUAUUGCUAUCUUUGCUUGAAAAAGUUUCCAACUUUGAUAUAAAGCUGAAUCAUAGCACUUCACUUUCUGUGACUGUCAUCCCAGCUUUAACAGAGUUCCUUUUAGGCUUUGGUGAUUUUUAUGCACGUGAUAAAGGAACAUUGGCAACAGGAUGGACUGAGGAACCAGUGGCAUUGGUGCAGAGAAUGCUGUUACGCACAGUGUUGGGACUACUGUGUGCUGACAUUAAUAGCAGGGAUGUUAUGCCAGACAAUUUAAAGAAAAACCUUAAUGACUUAUUAAAAACAGCCUUAAAAUAUAAAUUUUACCUAAAUAACAGGUCUGACAUAUACCACCAAAAGACAGCCAAAGAUGUUGCAGAAACAGAGAUGCCUAGAUGUCAACAUCAAGCUCUUUUGAUAUCGGAGCUUUUUGAAGGCAUUUUUCAAAUCAUGUUAUUAUGUCUUAAAUGUGCAGCACCAAAUCCUUUAUAUUUUAGUCAGUCUAUAGAACUUUUGCAUGACUUUGUACAGUACAGUGGAUUUGAUCUCCUUGAAAAAGCGAUCCUUUAUAUGGAAUCAAUAUGUCUACAUUGUGAAAGCCUAAAUUCUCAGGCUUGUGAACAUGUAUCGUUACUCAUCAGUAAUGUCAUAAAAAUAAUCAGUGUCAUCAAAAAAAUCAAAUCUGAGCAACUGCAUCAGUCAAUGUGCACUAGAAAAAGACAUAGGAGAUGUGAAUUUUCGCACUUCAUGCAUCAUCACAGAGAUCUUUCUGGUCUUCCAGUUUCUAUUUUCAAAAGUCGUGUUCAAGAUUCUUUAGAUGAAAAUAUGUGUGGGGAGGUCCGAUAUCCUGAGAGAAGUUGUUGCAUUGCAGUGUGUGCACAUCAAUGUUUACGUUUACUGCAUCAGGCAUUGCUGAUGCCUACAUGCCUGCAGAUUAUUUCAGGGAUAGAGACUGUGGGGCUUUGCUGUUGUAUGGAUCCUGCAUCUGUUAUUUUACCUCUUCUUUAUGCAUUUAAGAUGCCGAGAUUAACAAAUGUACAACAUCACACUCUGAGUCUACUUGCAAAUUUGAUGUUGGAUCAGCUAGGUGGAGGUGAAAGCUCAAAUACAUUAAAACAAGCAUCAUGCAACAUAUGUGCAAUGGAUGGUGAACAUUUAGCUGAAUUGCAGGACACAAUUCAAGGCAAAUCUGAGCCUGCUUUAUCUUCAGGUUUGUGCAGAUUUCAGGGUGUUCUACCAAGCAGUGGGUCAGAAGACAUGAUGUGGAAAUGGGAUUCCUUGGAAGCUUACCAAGAACUUGUCUUUAGUACUGAUUCACACCUAAAUUUACCUAUUGCCAGCCACAUCUGCUUCAUCAUCCAGAAAGGAAAUGCAGUAAUUCAAUGGAAGUUGUACACACUUAUCUUUAAUGCAGUUUUACAAAGAGGGGUAGAGAUGGCACAUCAUUCUCAACAGAUGGGUGUUUCAACAUCAUACAGCCAUACAAGCAGCUAUCAAAAAACAGGGCUAUCUGAAGAAUUACUUAAGGUUUACUUAAAAGUACUUCCAGAAUUGCUGAAGUCCAGCGUAAUACGAGAAGUGUUCUUGAAUUCGAAUGGACUGAAUCAAAUUACAGAGCUUAAUUAUUUGGAUUCUCUGAGAUAUUUCUGUUUGAAAGCAUUUGAGGCUCUUAUUUGUUUUGGAGGGCAACAGAUGGACUGUUUAACACCUAACUUGGACAAUGGCAGUGGUGAUUCAAACCCGCUUUCUUUGGAAUUUCAUGUUCAGUUUUCAAAGCCCCAACAAUGGCUACAUGAUGUUCAAACUAAGAACUAUACCGAUUUGAAAGAAAUAUGUCCAAAGAGGAAAAAGGUUAUCCAUGAAAAAACAAGCAUAAUAAACCUUUUCUUAUGUUUGGCUUUUUUAAGUGUGAGCAAAGAUGCAGAGUCUGACUUUGAAUCUGUCAAUGAGUCCGAGGACACUGGCUAUGACAGUACUGCAAGUGAACCACGAAGCAUUUUACCAAAGUUUAGUGUUGACAGCUUGGCCUUGCCAUCUACUGAGCAAAUGCACAGAGCAGCAGAUAUUUGGUCAAUGUGUUGUUGGCUUUACCUAUCAAACGCUAUGCUACAGAAACAAUUCCACAAAAUUGGUGGCUUUGACUUGUGUUACAAACUAACUCUUUUGAUAAUCAAUAAAUUUUCUAGCUGUUUUGAAGAUUUGAGAAGUAAAAUUCUUCCUGUUCCUCAUGAAAAAUUAAGUCCACCAACAGAAGAAAGUUUUGGCGGGGAAGCAUAUUGCAAAACGGAAUGCACAUGUUGCAAUGCUUUAUCUAAAGCACUCUACUUUAGUUAUCUCCAACCUGAUGCUCCAUGUUCUUCAUCUAAUAGUUCCUUCUUUGUUAGUUCUCUUACAACAGAAGUGAAAGAGUGGCCAAUUGAAGCUGUAAAAUUAUUUGAAGCACUGUUGGCUAUUUGUCUACAUAGUGCACGAAGCAACCAGCUCAAAACUGAUUUUGAAGCUUCUCAGAAUCUGACUGUGCAACACAUAAUGGCUGAAGUUCAGGACCUUCUUGCGAAGUCCAGAGUUCUUCAAACGAAUCUUGGUCCCCAUGUUGUUGAUUGUCUUCUUCGCGUUGCUGUUUCAAAUUUUUCUUUUGUUUCUGCCCAUCUUGAAGAGCAAAAAGAAAAGGUACAUAAAUCAAAUGAGCUGAAUAUUCAACACAAAGAAGUUUCUGAUGAAGGAGAUGAGGUGCACAGCGUUAACCUAAGUCUUGCAGAAGAAGAAGGAUAUGAAGCUGACAGUGAAAGUAACCCUGAGGAUGCCUCCGAUGAUGAUGGCGUGAAACCUGAGAUUGAAGAAAUUGGAACUUCAAAUGAUCAAGUUGAUUCUACCAGAGAUGGAGAAUUGCUGUAUCCAGAAAUAUGCGCACUAGUGUUGCAUUUGCUUUCUGAAGAUCAUACAAACCUAAAUUUGCUUACCAGUGUUUUUCAAAGCCUUCUGAAAAUUGUAAAAACCAAGAGGAAAAACACAAUGCUUCUAGUACAGCAAGGUACUACAAAAUCCUUACUAACAGGAUUUAAGUUCAUCUUAGAAAGUGAUGAUCCACAGAUAAAAGAUUGUCAGGAAGUGCUGGUUGAUUUGUUAGUCUCAUUAAUGAGCUAUAGGAUUACAUCAGUGGAACUGUCUCUCUUCCUGCGUUGUUUUCUAGAAAAGACUGUGCCCACUGAGAUGCUCUUAAAGGGAAUUUUGAAUAUUACAGAGGCUAAUAGCAACAUUGUACCUCUGAAAUACUUGACCUUUCCCCUUCAGCAAAAUACAGAAGGAGUGACUGGUACAGUACAGAAAUCUCCUGGAUGUGCCACUGGAAAAAUGAGUGGAUUCUUCAAAAGAACUAAAGUUUGGCACAGUAAAGAUAUGCAUGGUGACACCUUGCUUUCGUCAUGGCACAUCGCACCUAUACAUUUACCAUUGGUUGGCCAAAACUGUUGGCCACAUAUGUCAGAUGGAUUUAGUUUCACAAUGUGGUUGAAAAUGGAGUACAGUCUGGAUUUGGAAUAUUUUAUUAAAGGAAAACACCUUAAGAAAAGGACUAAGAUGGUUCCCAUUCAAAUGCAUAAUACAGAAGCUGACAAUGCUGUUGGACUAGAUGGGUCCAGUAAUGACAGGAUUGUAGACGAUGGUUGCAUACAUCUGCUCUCCAUGGGUUCUAAAGUACUGAUGAUGCAGAUCUGGGUUUGCAUGACAACAGGACGGCUUAUUUUCAGGAUGUGCACGCAUGUAAACGAUGACUUAAAAUGCAUUCUUCUGGCACAAGUUGAAACACAAGAAAAUAUUUUCCAUCCUGGAAAUUGGCAGCAUUUGGCUUUCACAUACAAGGAGCUGCCUGAAAGUAAGAAUAAAGUCUGCAGCAAAAUUCUGAUGUGGGUCUCUGGACAAAGGAAAGCCGAAGUCACUGUAGAAUAUAAUCCUCCACGGAAAGGAAGCUUAUCAUCUGACAGCAACAGAACUUUUUGUAUGGUUGGACAUCAAAUUUCUCAAGAAGAUACCAUUGCUGUAGUAGGACAGAUGAGUUUGGGAAAUGUGCUGCUAUUUAAUGGUCCAAGUCUUGGUGCAGAAGAAGCAUUUGAUCUUUACUGUCACGGUCCAGAUUUUACAUCAUUGAUGACCUGCAAGUAUGGCAACAGUAAUACUGAACAUUGCAAGUACAUUUCUAGAGAAAUUCUCCAGAAUGAGCAAAUCUGUGAAUUUUUAAUGAAAAGUGGAGGAAGUGACAUGAGCCUGUUAGCAGACAGUCUAGCAAUCGUGUAUGAUAUGCACAAUCCAACUCAGUACACAAUUUAUGAGCCGGUAAUCAGGAUUAAAGGAAGUAUGAAACUUGCAUCAUCUCAAAGACCAUUCAGUGCAAAGGAAGUGUCUAACAAAUCUAUGGAUUCCCAAGCACUGAAAAUGCUGCAACCGUGUUUUGAAAGAAACAUACACAGUGUCCUGCAUGAGAUUGGAGGAAUUCGAGCCAUGGUGUAUUUGUUUGCACGGACUGUGGAGAUCAGCAGCUGUGAAAAGACUCAAUCAAUGGGGUUGGAGAUUAUAUUGUCCUUAACCAAAUACAACCAGCAGAGAAUUCAAGAGAGCAAAAAUUGUGAUCUUUAUUCAAUGAUUCACCAAGUUUUAGUACGUCCUAAAUGCAUUGUCGGAUUUCAUACUUUAAAGAUCCUUCUGUAUGGCUGCACUGGUGAUUGGUUGCUCAUCAUAAAUGAAAAUGGAAAAUGUAUUCCUAAGGUUGAUUCUACUGCUGUGAUCAAAGACAUUCAAUUACUAGAACAUUUGCUGUUAGAUUGGAAAAUUUGGUCAAAAGCAGAGGAAGGUGUCUGGGAAAUGUUACUAACCGCAUUACAGAUCCUUAUCAGAGAUAACCAUCCACUUAAGGUGUUCAAUAUAAAGCAGUUCCUCAAAGCCAGAGUGGUACAUCACUUCCUGCUUGCUUGUCAAAUUCUUCAGGAACACAGAGAAGAACACAUUACAUCUAUUCCUCAAGAUGUCUGUGUAUCAUAUAUCAGAAUAAUUGAGGAAGUACUUGGAUCGCCUCCUGAACUGGAUCUUCUUAAGCUGAUUUUCAGUUUCCUCUUGGCAGUUCACCCACCAACAAACACUUAUGUUUGCCAUAACCCUAACAAUUUCUUCUUCUCCUUACACAUUGACGACAAGACGUUUCAAGAAAAACUAAAAUCAUUUAUACAUCAGAGACAUUUCAGCCUUGGAGGACAAUCUGCUUUAAGUCAUGUGUUUUCAAGCAAAAGCCCCUCAGAAUUUUCAGAUACACUGGAGAAAGGUACUGAUGUCGCAAUGUAUUCAUCACAGCAGCAUAUACAUCUCUCUGUGGCAGAAAGGUCUCGCUCCAAGAGUUUACCCGCUUCUCCUUCAUGUUCACCUAAAGUAUAUCCAAAGUCAUUGGGAGGAAGCCUCUCUAAAGGUUUAACUGAAUUGCCAGAGUCUAUGGAGAAUGACGAAAGCAAUGAAGACCAACUUUGCAGUUCUGAGCACAGACUGGAUGUGCUGAAAAAACAGGAAGAACAGUACAUCAGCAGCUGUGAGUCAGCACAGACAGUCUGUGAUUCCUUGAUAAUUCCCAACGGUAUCAGAAUUACUGAGCCUUCUAAGGAGGAUUUUGGUCAGUUGGACAUUAGUUUGGAGAUUACAGCAGAUGAGUCCGAAAAAGUAACACCAUGCGAAAGUGUGAGUGAAAGUGGAGAGGUAUUUUUGCAGCGCCCUCAUGUACUUAAAGGAAUUUCCUCAUCCAGGAAAGGGCAGAUUAAUACUGCCAGCAUCGGUCUAGCUUUUCCUUCUAGUGGAUCCUUAUCCAGUACAAGUUGGACUGAUGUUUCUGAGAAGAAAAAUUCUGAAGAAUGGAGUAGCUUUCCUUUCUCCCCAUUAUUUGAUCUUACACUUAGAGACUCUGCCCAAGUGGAUGGAAGAUCAAUGGAUAAUUGCAUUCAUCUUGUGUGUUGCGGGCUUUAUGAUCUUUUGUGUGGUGUUGUUCUCACCAUGCCAGAUGCAAUGGUAGCGGAUGUUUUCAAUGAAAUUAUUCAACCAGAUGUACUUAUUGUAUUGGUCAAUCACCCAUCUCCUCUUAUUCAACAAGGAGUCUUAAAACUGUUGAAUUCAUAUUUUCAUCGAGCAUCCAAGGAAUAUAAAGAGGCCUUUUUAAAGAAAAGUGGUUUUACGCUGCUAGCCAACCAACUCUAUCUACACCAGGGGAGUCAAAGGGUAAUAGAGUGCCUGCUGGAGAUGUUCUUCGGACGACAUAUUGGGCUUGAUGAGGAAUUUGAGGUUGAAGACAUAAGAAAUGUGGGUGUUUUUCGGAAGUGGUGCAUCAUCCCUAUUCUUGGAUUGAUCGAGAAUUCUAUACACAAUGCCACCUUGCUACAUAACUCAUUUUGCAUUUUGCUUCAGAUCCUCCACUCCUGUUCAAAAGUAGCAGAUAUGCUCCUUGAUAGUGGUCUACUGUAUGCUUUGUGUAACACACUGGUGACAUUAUGUGCCAUCGAGACAAGUAUCUCUCUGGAUGAAUACAUUUUACUUGCUUGUGAUUUGCAGCAGCUGCUGAUAGCUGUCACAAUCCAUGCCUGCAGUUCCUCUGGAUCUCAGUAUUUUCGUAUUGUUGAAGAUUUAAUUAUACUACUUGGAUAUUUAACUGAAACCAAAAAUGAAAACUUAAAAUGCCUGGCAGUUUUAAUGCAGUUCAAAAUUUUGCAUUCAGCAAUUGAGUUUAUAAAGACAACUUCAUAUCAAGACUCACAAUCUAUGAGCAGCUUCAGCCAUUCUUCUCAAUUUAAACAUCCUAAAAAAAAAAGUACAGCUGGUGCUCAUAGAUUAUCCUUUGCCCAGUCCGACCCACUACUGAUGACCAUGCGUUCGGUUGCCAGCAGCGAGCUUACAGAAUUGAUGCACAGAAGAAUGAGUCAGGAAAAUCCAAUAAGGGCCUCUGAAUCUGAAUUUGUCCAACGGUUACAGAGAUUAACUGUCCUUUCUGUCAACAGGUUAAUUUACCAAGAAUUCUCGGAGAGAAAGACCUACCAAGGAUUACAAGCUGAAUUAUCAGAAGAUGAGAUGCAGUUGGAUGUUUGGUGUGUCAAAAAGGCAUUUCAGAGUGACCUGUUAAAAACUAUGAUCGAUGGAAUAAAGCUUUGGUUGGGUUCAGGUAGAACCAGCUCUCCCAAGAAUCCGUGGAAAACCAUUCUUUUGCAGUGUAAUGACACAUUCCGUGUUCAGCUUGGAAGACUCUUCGUACAUCUUUUGUCUCCAUCUCAAAACACUGAAGAACGAAAAGAAGUCCUUGAAGUAGUCAAUGAACCUAAACAUGAAGACAUGUUAAAGGAAUGCCUAUGUCCAGGUUUGCAACAUGGCCCCAAAUUAGCUCUUUAUGUCUUUGAGCUGUUGCACAAUCAUAAAGACAGUUUAACCAAAGAGGAUGAAGCUGCUGGAGUUUUAUUGAUGAAUGCCAUAAAGCAAGCUGGUUAUAGAUGUAUCCCUCCAGGUGCACCACUAAAGUCAGACCUUGUUAAAGCCGCUAAAGAGGAGCAAGACAAAUAUGAAAAUGAAGAGAAAGCAAACAGAUCAGCUUGGAAAAAAACUAUUUUGAAUAAUCAGCAAAAGCUUUUUCAGCGCUUAGAAACAAAACUAAAGGACAUUUCCAAAAUUGCUGGUGAUGUCACUCAAAGCGUGUCUUUGUCACAAGGAAUGGAACGAAAGAAUGUUAUACAGCAUAUUCGCAAUAUGUACAAAAUGGAUUUAAGUGCAAGCCGACAUUGGCAGGAACUUGUCCAGCAGCUAACUCAUGACAGGGCUGUGUGGUAUGACCCAGAAUCAUACCCUACCUCUUAUCAGCUUGAUCCCACUGAGGGUCCAAAUAGGGAGAGGCGACGUUUACAAAGGUGUUACCUAACCAUUCCAAACAAAUACAUCCUCAAAGACAGACAAAGGAAAGAUGAAAUUGCUAAGCCUACUUUAUCCUACAUUUUUGAAGAAAAAACACAUUCCUCAUUAUCUUCAACUGUAAAAGAGAAAGCUGCAAGUGAAUUAAUAAGGGUCAAUCGACGAUGCAUUAAUGUAGCACCAUCCAGAGAAACCAUCGGAGAACUAUUGUUGGGGAAGUCUGGAAUGUAUUUUGUAGAAGACUCUGCGCCUGACACAGUGGAAUCCAAUUCUUUGCUUGGUGAAUCUGAACCUGCUUCGUUUUCCUGGACUUAUGAAGAAAUUAAAGAAGUUCAUAAGCGCUGGUGGCAGCUUCGAGACAAUGCUGUAGAAAUUUUUUUAACAAAUGGAAGAACUUUGUUGGUGGCGUUUGACAAUACCAAAGUGCGAGAUGAUGUUUACCAGAAAAUUUUGUCCAAUAAUCUUCCCAAUCUGUUGGAGUAUGGAAAUAUUACAGCUCUCACUCAGCUCUGGUGCUCUGGCCAAAUAACCAAUUUUGAAUACCUUACACAUUUAAAUAAGCAUGCAGGGCGCUCCUUUAAUGACCUAAUGCAGUAUCCGGUUUUUCCAUUUAUUCUAAGUGAUUACGCCAGUGAGACACUUGAUUUGAGCAACACUAAUAUCUACAGGAAUCUUGUCAAGCCUAUUGCUGUACAAUCCAAAGAAAAGGAAGAUCGGUACAUAGAUAAUUACAAGUAUUUGGAAGAUGAAUACGGUAAAGGAGAUAGAGAAGAUGAUCCAAUGCCUCCAGUGCAGCCAUAUCAUUAUGGAUCACAUUACUCAAACAGUGGCACUGUACUGCAUUUCAUGGUCCGAUUGCCUCCUUUUACCAAAAUGUUCCUGGCAUAUCAAGAUCAAAGUUUUGAUAUCCCUGACAGAACAUUUCAUUCUACGAAUACAACAUGGCGCUUGUCUUCCUAUGAAUCAAUGACUGAUGUUAAAGAGCUUAUUCCGGAGUUUUUCUACUUGCCUGAAUUUUUGGUGAAUAGAGAAGGUUUUGAUUUUGGUGUACGUCAAAAUGGUGAACGAGUAAAUCAUGUUAACCUUCCACCUUGGGCCCGAAAUGAUCCACGUCUGUUCAUCCUAAUUCAUCGCCAAGCCCUAGAGUCGGACCAAGUUUCCCAGACAAUUUGUAAUUGGAUCGAUCUUGUAUUUGGCUACAAACAGAAAGGACGUGCUGCUGUUCAAGCGAUCAAUGUGUUCCACCCAGCAACUUAUUUUGGAAUGGACGUUUCAGCAGUUGAAGAUCCUGUUCAAAGACGGGCACUGGAAACCAUGAUUAAAACAUACGGGCAAACACCACGACAGCUGUUUCACAGUGCGCAUGUGUGCCGUCCAGGAUCAAAACUCAUGGAAGGGGAACUUCCAGCUGCCAUGGGAUUGCUGGUACAGCUUGCGUUCAGAGAAAACAGAGAGAGUUCAAAGGAACCUUCUUACCCUAGUCCAUUACCUUGGAUAAGAGGUUUGAAAUGGGGAGAAUAUGUUGGCUCAACAAGUUCUCCAGAUCCUAUUGUGUGCUUCAGCCAGCCCCAUGGAGAGAGAUUUGGCGCUCUGCAGGCUUUACCAACUAGAGCUAUAUGUGGCUUAUCAAAAAAAUUCUGCUUGAUGAUGAGCUACAGUAAGGAGCAAGGUGUUCGAAGUAUGCACAGUACUGAUAUUCAGUGGUCAGCUAUUCUCAGCUGGGGAUAUCCUGACAACAUUCUAAGACUGAAGAGUAAACAAAGUGAACCCCCUGUGAAUUUCAUACAAUGUUCUGAACAUCACCAGGUAACAAGUUGUGCUUGGGUGCCAGACAGUUGUCAACUUUACACUGGGAGCAAAUGUGGCGUCAUUACUGCAUACCUAAAUCGUUUCACUAACACAACGCCCAUGGAAAUUGAAGUUGAAUCCCGGGUGCACCUAUAUGGUCAUACUGGAGAAGUAACCAGCCUGUUUGUCUGUAAACCCUACAGCAUAUUAAUUAGUGUUAGCAAGGAUGGAACCUGCAUAAUAUGGGAUCUAAACAGAUUGUGUUACGUUCAAAGCCUAACAGGUCACAAAAGUCCUGUAACGGCAGUUUCUGCAAGUGAAACAACAGGAGACAUUGCAACAGUCUGUGACUCAGUUGGAGGAGGAAGUGACCUGCGACUGUGGACUGUGAAUGGAGAUCUAAUCGGACAUGUACAUUGCAGAGAAAUUAUAUGCUCUAUUGCAUUUUCUAACCAACCUGAAGGAGUAUCUGUUAAUGUAAUUGCUGGAGGACUUGAAAAUGGCAUUGUCCGGUUAUGGAGUACCUGGGAUUUGAAACCGGUUCGAGAAAUAACAUUCCCAAAAUCCAAUAAGCCAAUCGUAAGCCUUACUUUUUCCUGUGAUGGUCAUCACCUCUACACAGCAAACAGCGAAGGAACGGUGAUUGGCUGGUGUCGCAAGGACCAACAACGCCUGAAAUUGCCCAUGUUUUAUUCAUUCCUCAGCAACUAUGCAGCAUGUUAAUUAAAAUCUUGCUAUAUUUUUGUAAGCUGUUCACACUUUUGGAAUAUCAGUACACUUUGUCUAUACUGUAUAAGAUACUGUAUAUAAAUAUAGAAAAACAAAAGUAGAUGAAACAUCAUUUUGAUCAUCAUCAUGAAAUUAAAUAUUAGCAAAGAGGAAAAAAAAAUUGGGUGUCCUCUGCUAAAGUAUAUUAACAGUCUGUGAAAAAUAACCAAAACAUAUUUAAUAUAAUAAUUCAUAUAA